GACUACAACAUCCAUCUUUACGGUUAAUUAAUUGAUAGUUGCCUUUUUCUCAAAUGUAUUGUCGGUGAGAAUAGCUUUUCUGUAUUUCGAUGGGAUGAGAAUUACUACGUACGACUGAUGAAGUGUCACUUGUCAUGAGUUAAGGAUUAGAUGGAAAAAGAGGGUUUACGAUGGCUUGAAAAGUACGUUGGUAGUGGCAUUUCACCAACGUAACUGGUUAUCCCUGUUUUCUGUUCUCGUAUAUAGUAUUUAUUUCAACAAGCUAGCAGAAGCAGGAUGUCAGAAGGAGAUAGUGUUGGAGAGUCCGUCCAUGGGAAGCCAUCAACGAUUGCAAGUUUUUUCACACGGCUUGGACAGGUUUAUCAGUCAUGGUUGGACAAGUCAACACCGUUCUCAGUGGGCCGGUGGGCUGUGACAGUCAUUUUGACAGCUCUCUACAUGAUAAGGGUGUACAUAUUGCAGGGAUGGUACAUAGUUUCCUACGCACUGGGCAUCUACCACCUCAACUUGUUCAUUGCUUUUCUCUCACCGAAAGCGGACCCUUCACUCCUGGAUGACGCCGAUGAUGGGCCUUCUUUACCUACGAAGCAAAACGAAGAGUUCCGGCCCUUCAUUAGGAGGUUACCCGAGUUCAAAUUCUGGUAUGGGCACUCGCAGUUCAACCUGUCGCAUUGCAUUGUUUAGGUACCAUCGAAGGGU